AUGGCUUCCUCUACCACUCUCUCAGAGACUACAGCCUCCCGGGCCCCGGCUCCAAAGAGACCUGCCACAUCUCUACUUCCUGCAUUUGAACCGUUCUCCUCCUCGCCAGCUCUCCCAAGGCCUUUGAAGAGGAACAGAGAUGCCUAUGACGAGCACACGACGUAUCCCACACCAGUGCCCACAUCUUCCACAGCCAUACUAACCUCGUCACCCUCACGCGUUGCCCAGUCGAAACCAACUCUCCGGACUAGUUCAUCCACUCUUUCUGAACGUACUCCUUUGGGUUCUCUUCCAUCCAUCCAACUCCAUGCUGACGGCAAAGCCACGCGUAUGGGGAGAUCCAGUGCGUCUUGCGACUACCAACUGUCUGCCAAUCGACUGAUAUCCCGGGUGCAUGUUGAGGCAUGCUACAAGUCGACUGGGUCACGUCUGGGUCGAGAAUUUGUUGAGAUAACGUGCACGGGCUGGAAUGGUGUCAAAAUACAUUGCAAGGGCCAGGUUUAUGAGUUGAAGAAGGGUGAAACCUUCCAAACUGACGUCCGAGAUGCCGAAAUCAUGCUGGAUGUGCACGACAGUCGGGUAGUUCUGGAAUGGCCACCCAAACCUCGGCUAGGUGCCAUCUCGUCGGACGAGGAGGAAGAAAUGUCUCCCUCCAAGCGACAGCGUGUUAUGCUGCGUCAUUCGACACCCCCAAGCCCGAGUCCGUUACAAUCUAGACGACACCCUGCAUCUCCAAUAUCACCUUCACCUGCUGUGCAAGCAUUGUUGCCGUCCUCCCCCCCCUUGCAGCCGUGUCGGACCCAGAUCGAGACUGUUGAGAUAUACGAAGAUCCUGAACCAGCACAGGAAGCCCCUGAAGUAUCUGAAUUCACCAAAGUAUCUCAAAUGACACAAACGUCGUCACAAAAUAUCCAGAAUUCUACAAUCUCCCAACAUACACUGUCCGAUUCUACCGAAGACUUCUCCGAUAAUGACGAGGAGAAUGAUCCCAUCAUUCACUCCUUCGGACCAUUCGGUGCCAACUUACUACCUCGAAUGGCGUCGUUCACUGCCGGAGAGUCGCCCAACCCCGGCCAUGCUAAUUCCAUCAAAAGCUCACGAUCGUCGCAUACCGAACCGUUACAACCACAGCAAGCCCCUGCUAAUAACCCAAUCACUGCUACUGACUUUGACAUUCAAGGCCAUAUCAUCAAUCAACUUGCAUUUUCCAGACUCUCAUCCACCCCCUUGUCGACUAUCUUGAGCCAUCUCCCACAGGAAGCAGGGGUCUUGUCCCUGGGUGAUGUUCGGAGAGUUGUAUCUGCCACCCCUUGUAUUGGUGAAGUCCGCAGAGAAGGUAAAGACGCAGCAGGCAAACCUCUCGAGAGUGAAUUCUACUAUCUCCCUGACCUUGACGAAGACGACAAGAGAAAGGAGGCUGUCGUUAUGGACCUUCGAAAGCCAGGUUUGAGGGCAUGCCGGAAACAGCACAAGGUUUGUUCUUUUCUCUGA